GAGACAUUAAAAUAACCUCAAAAAACAAUCUCGAUAUCAUUUUCGUUUUGCUUGACAAGUUCUGUUGGUCUGUAUUAUGAUUAUUUAGAGAUAGUUAGUGUAAUUAUUAUUAAUUUCUGUUGGAGGCCGAAUAGUACAAGAGUACUAAAUAAAUAAUAGAAUGGCGGACGAAGAAAUUAACGGUGAUACUGAUGACAUUCAACACGACAAAGAUAAAACUCAGAAAAAGACUGCAAAACAUGAUAGUGGAGUAGCAGACUUGGAGAAGGUCACAGACUAUGCGGAAGAAAAAGAAAUAUCUUCUCAGGAUAUAUCUGGGGCAUUGUCGUUAAUCGGUGACAGAAGAAACAAAGAGGCUGCUGAGCGUCUUGAAAAGGAGAAAGAACUGCAAAAAGUUUCUGUGAAAAAGGAUGAUAUAGAAUUAAUUGUAAAGGAGUUGGAAAUAUCAAGAACAUUAGCAGAAAGAACUUUGAGAGAACAUCGGGGUGAUUUGGUAGCGGCAUUGACCACCCUUACAGACUAACUGAUUACUUGAACUACAUUAUACCUAAGCUAUGUUCACUAACAUACUGU